AGGAAUCAUCCUCUGGACUUCUGCGUGCAACAGCGAAAUGCUUAACUACUGCACCACAGACGCAGCAAGUGGCCAAGAAGUCAAAAAGAAGAAAACUAAUUACUUUGAGUGACAUGUUAUGAUGUUUAUUGUCCACCCAAUCGAUUGCUUAUCAUAACGUAUCUUUUUAUCUAUCUCUCCAUGGAACGUUUCAGUCAGUGGAAAGUUAGUUUCAGUUUUGAUUUCAACGACACAGCUACAUGGACAUGUAUAAAGGCGUGUUGCUGCUGAAGUGGAAUGGUGUGGCAAACGAACGAAUCAAAACAGUGGAAUAACCCCAUCGCGGACAGCCACGUUUACAAGUAGGGUUUGUUUUUACUCUUUUUGGCUCUGAGGCCUACCAUAUUGUUUUGAAGAGGCCAUAUUGUUGGGAUUCUGUGUCUUCUUGUUAAAGAGUGUGCGGAUAUGAAGGGUCCGUAUCACAGAAAGCGUUGCCGUGACACAAACAUCGGGAAAUACAUAGAGAGUUUACGAGACGCCCAGACCACACCAGAAAAUGAGAACACUUCUUUUCAGCAAGAAUUUGGCCAAGCAGGCGUUGGCGAGGACUUUUGCAACAAAAAAUUUGAAGGUAAAGAGCUUGAAAACGACUCAAAACGAGAAUCCAGAAAGAAAUUCGUGGCUUACAAAAGGAACAGAUUCGGACAGAAGACAAAGAUUCACAGAUGUAAGCGAGGUCACCGGAAGCGACCACAAGCUAAGAAGACAGCUGCUGAUGACGUCGCGGGUCAAGGAAGUCGACCUUGUUUGUCCAACACUGACAACGACAGAAGUAGUAAACUGCCUAGACCAAGAUCCAAAUCUAGAUCUAGAUCUAAAAUCGGGAUCUCGACGGACAGCGGCGCUAGUUCUGCUGAACCCAGAGACUGCAGAAAUGAUUCUGAGACUUCCAGAAACGAUAAGAAACGGCAUAAUUUCUACUACGACAGUUCUGACAGUGAGGAGGAAGAAGGCUGUCAGUACACUUCGCGUACUAAGAAAACUAUGUCUUACACUUUCAUUCAUUUCGACCGCAUUGAGACAUACCAAGUUCAUUUGCCAACUCUCUUAGAGUCUUGGACGCAAAGGAAGAGACGGAUGAAUCUGCUGUCUCAAGACAAUUAUGGGCUCAACGAGACAGAUUCAGGGGGGUCUCCGAGGAGCCGAUCCUCAAACACCGUUUGCUCUAAGUGCGGACGGGGUUGGGUUCGACUCCUGAUCUGCAGUCGCUGCGGUCAAGCCCGAUACUGUAGCAAAGACUGUCAGCUCGGAGAUUUUGAGCGACACAAAACGCUCUGCAAUAUUAUGGGUCGAAGAUGCUCCGUUCUGGUACAAAUCAAGGCAGUUGUUUCCCCAACAGAAAUACAGAUAGUGGAUGUCUUAGGUCGCAAAGCCAGUGUGUACUUUCUGAGCCCGCCGGGUAAGCGAUAUCAUCACCACACAUCCCAGCCUCCGCUCUUCCUGCCCCUGUCUCAGUGCCUGUGUUUCGCCACCCAUCUCGUGCUGCUGGAUGCGUGGUGGGAAAGGGGCGUGGUCAACGUCUAUAACCUGGACACAGUUCACUUCGUGUUCACGACAAGCAAGUAGACUGACGCAACUUGCCAUAGCUCAUUUACCUUUGGUGGAUGGAUGGAUUUUAUGGACGCUGAUAAUGCGUGUUUCUUUUCAAUUUUCUCUCUUUUAUUGAGGAUGUAGUGGACAUACAUGUACAUUUAUAUUGUUCAUUGGAUCUGAGCAUUUUCAUCGAUUUUUCUUUUUGAUUCCAGUCUUUUCUCAGUUUUGAAAUCUUUGCUGCCACACACAUCCGCAAAUCUUUCCUAUCACUAUCAAACAUUUAUCGUCCUUAUUUCUCUUCCUUCUUUUUUGUUUGUUACUCUCUUGUAACACUAAUAUAAUUCGGCCCUUAUAUAUGACCUAAAACAUACUAAAACAUCCACAAGUGGGAAAGGAGAUUUUGAAUAUUCAAAAUGUGGCAAACACUUAUCUACCAGAAGUGGUUUCAUUGAUCACAGCAGGAGCUCCAAAUCCGGUCACUUCUUAUGUCAUCUAUUUCUCUUAAGAAUAUUCUCCUCUACAGUUGCAUUGUUCAUCAUUAGACAUUGACGGACAAACUAAAUGUAUUAGUACAGUGGACAUUGCUUGACGUAGCCACCCAUAUUUGAGGAGCAAAGUUGUUGUCUUUGACUACUGUACAUCUUGCACUUCGUCACUAUUGUAAAGAAAAAUGAAGAGAGGAUAUUGAAACUGGCUGUUUGUACAAGAGGCUAUUAAAGCAGGUUCAACUGUAUUAUUCAUGUGAGCUCGACGUCCAGUACAUUGAUGUCUGGCUAGCCCAUGAUAUGUAACCAGUCUCGUUACUAUGAGAAACGACGUGUAGAUGAACAGAGAGCAGCUUCAAUACCCAGCCUAUUGGCGCUGGAUGGAAUUUGUUCACAUGUAAAACAGAACUGUAAACAGGCCUAGUUUACACAGGUCCAGUGUUAUUCCUAAAUUAUAUUAUUAUGUCCUAAAAAUAAUAUGUUCUAGACUUAUUUCCUGAAGUUUCGCAUUACUAGCUUCGUUUCAUUCCGUAAUUUACCACGAGAAGGUAGGAGCAUUCUAUGGUUCUAGCGCUGAACAGCCUGCUUGGCUGUUGUCAUGAAUUCGCUUGAUGUUGAAUGUCAUAGAAUGCUUCUUAUCUGUGUUUUGAAUAAUUAUGAAACGAUAUUACCAGGCGAAUAGAGGAAGUCAGUCAAGUUUCUGUAAAGGCUAGUGAAUUUAAACACAAAAAAUGUGUAUACAGUCCGGCACAGUUGACACCAACACUCAAAACUCAAAAUCACGGACAGCUCGCAUUGUUUACCAUUCCCCGACUGGCUCACUAUAAUAAUAUACUCUUUAUUAAUUUUAGCUUCACAUGUAGCCCAAAACCUGUACGUCCAAUUACUUUGAAAUUGUCACACAUGUCAGGGAAGCUCAUUGUCGUUCAUGAACUGUACUCACUUAGAUGCUCUGGUCUAUCGUUUUGUCUGACGAUGUUCACGUGGUUUUGAUAUUUUGUCAAAUACUGUGCACAUAUAACUUUGAAACCAAAACUACACCCGCAAAGUUGGACUCCUUCCAAAUUUUUCGCCAUGCAAAAAAGUGUCUUCUCUUUAUCAAUUCACCAUGCUUCGACUAAAUGAAUCAGAGAGAAAUUACAUCAUUGGAAUGCUUCAGGAGGACACACCACUUUCGUCAGUCGUGGGAAGGUUCAACGUGAACUGACACGCUGUGUUUGCCAUACGGGAUCACAUGGCAACGAUAGGCUCCCAGAAGGACAGACCCAAGCGAGUAGGACACAACAGAUAAAACGGAGGGUGGACCCAUUCAUCCCUAACACAACGCUGGAGAAAUCAGAUUCAAUCAGGAAACAAAGACCCAGGAUUAGUCGAAAAGACUUAGAAAUGAAAGUCCGAUCUUUGUUAUGACUGUUCUUCUUCGUUUGAAAGAGGGGAACCUUCGCGUUAGGGGCCUAGUUUAUGGCAUAAAACUGCAGCCCCAUCACCCCCAACACAAACUUCACUGGGCACAGCUUCGCGUGUGAUGGCCAAGGCAAAAUCAACCAAGUUCUAAAGCUCAAUGUAGGCCUACUUUUCUUUCAAAACUGAGCACAAGGACAAGCAUUCAUGCGCGACAAUACACCUGCCUAUAAGUAUAAGGCUGCUGUGACAAAUCAAUUUCUCUACUAGCACAAGCAACAUUCUGCUCGUGCACCCAUGACCAGCGCAUUUACUAAAUCUCGAUCCAAUUGAGCGCAUGCGGGACAUUUUAGACCGCCCCAUUCAUGCCAGACUACGUUGGCCCCGAUCUGUUGCUCAGUUAGAACAAGCCUUAAUUCAAGAGUGGUAUAUUAUCCCUCAAUAGACAAUACCUCGAGUCAUCCUGUCCAUACGUCAACUAUGAGAAGAUUUGACAACGCCAGAUGUCAUCACAUGUUGCUGAAAGCUGUCACUUUUCAUUAAGACCCCUGACAACUAUAAAUUCAAAAUUGAAGAUUAAAAACAUUAUUGAUUUUGCAUUCCACGUAUUUCCGUUUCUGUAAAACGAAUGCACUGUCUUAAUUGAAAUAUUUAGGCGGAUUCGAUAAGUAUUAAUCAAGAUAUUGCUUUUAAUAUGAGGUGUGGAGUUAAAAAUGUUAAAGAGUAUAUUGCUUGCACUGGCAACACCUUUUUCUCAAACACCCGUAUGGAUUCGUCGACAGUCGAACAGCUAGCCUCGAACCCCCCCCCCCCCC